UCCGCGCGGCGGACGAGGCCGAGGAGGGACCUGCCUCCUCCCGUCCAGCGCGCGGAUGUCGCUGAUCCCGGCUGGGCCGGCGCAGCUGGUGCGCUGCGGGCAGAAGGACGAGCUGUACCGGAGCGGGCUGCGCAGUUGGGCCGGGGCGGCGCUGCACGCGCUGGCAGGUGCCCGGACGUGGCUGGGAUGGAGGAAGGAGCUGGAGCUGCUGUCGGACGUGGCGUAUUUCAGCCUCACCACCCUGGCCGGUUAUCAGACGCUUGGUGAAGAGUAUGUUAAUAUUGUCCAAGUCGAUUCAUCCAAAAAGAGAGUCCCUUCUUUUCUUCGCCGUGCCGUCUUGAUUUCUUUUCAUGCACUUGUGCCUUAUUUGUUGGAUAAAGGAUUAGCGCAUCUGGAACACGAGUUGCAGGUGGAAGCUGAUGGAUGGAGAACUAGUCAGAGUAGACCGGGGUUUGGUGCAAGGAGCAGAACCUCGGUACGAAGUUGGCUGCAGAAACAGAUCACAAGACUCACGGAAAACCAGAAGAAUGUCCUCUUACAAACUGUGUAUAUCCUCAAACAGUGCAUCCCCCUGUUUCGAAGACUGCAUCUGGCAAUAUUUUAUAUAAAUGGCAUUUUCUAUCACUUAUCUAAAAGGAUCACAGGAAUAACAUAUCUUCGUGUUGCAGGACUGCCUGGAGAUGAUCAGAGUGUUCGAUCAAGUUACAAGCUUCUUGGGAUAGUUUCUCUGCUACACCUUGUACUAACAGUUGGCAUUCAGAUAUACAGUUUUCAGCAAAGGCAGAGGGCAAGACAAGAGUGGAAGCUACACCGUAACCUCUCAUAUCAAAAAAAUCUCACAGAAGAAAAGCCUCUAGGACACCGUUCCCGCUGUACAUUAUGCUUGGAAGAACGGAGGCAUGCAACUGCCACUCCCUGUGGCCACCUGUUCUGUUGGGAAUGCAUCACAGAGUGGUGUAACACCAAAGCAGAGUGUCCAUUAUGCAGAGAGAAAUUUCCUCCUCAGAAACUAAUUUAUCUGCAGCAUUAUCGAUAAAUGGUAAGGUAGUUAUAACCUGACAAGAGUCUUGGCUCAUUCAUCUUUAAUACAGUGAAAACAGUUGACUUGAUCCAAGAACAAGACUUUACUGUGAUCUUGUACUAUAAAAUGUAAUUGUUCACUGCCUGUACAAGGUGGCACUUGCAAAAUAAACUCAUUAUACUUCUGGACUCCACUUCGUAUAACUUAAACUAGGUUCACAACACUUGCUUCUAACAAGUGCUACAAUACUUCGUACCAUUUGUCUGUAUUUUAUUUUGGAUAGAAAAUCUACUUCAUGUCCUCUACCACUGCAAACGCUUUAUCCUCCAGCUUCUCUCUGCUCACUUGUCAGCAGUAGUAGGAGUUAAGACUUGAAUAUGUAUUUUGGAUACUUGCUUCCUUCCCAUUCUUAAACCUACUGCAGGGACUCGUGAUUUAAGUGGAAAGAGCUAUAUGGAAGUCAAUGACAAAAGUUAAAACUGUAGUGGAAUAUCUUUCUAAUAUAAUUCCAUUUUCACAACAUAAAAUGAAUAGUAAGCUUCUCAGAUUCAAGCACUAGAAGAAUGUGAGUACAUACAAUAAACUUAAGUGCAACAUAGUGAAAAGUGCUGAAAAAUAAGAUCAUUUGUACAUCACUCAAUCUCUAAUAGCCUCUCAUUCCAACAGCCCUCCGUACCCCAUUUAAAAAGGUAGUAUUCAGAGCAUUUCCUCAGCUGAAUAAUGCUUUUUACAUUAUAGUAGAGAUUCUUACAUACACAUUUCAAAAAGCUCAGUUUUAUCUACAGUACUAGAAGAGCUUCAAAUUACAGACAAUCCCAACACUGUUAAUUCAAGAUUUAUUUGAGUGCAUGGUAUGCUCUGCUGCCAAAAACAGACAUCUAAAGAUCAUUUCUUUCAACAGCCCCUCCCUUUUUGCAAUAGGCACUAGAGUCACCAAUUCCCCCCUUAUAUUGUGAAUGAAGAGGAAUGUGUGUAGAAGUUUCACCUUCUGAAAACUUCUUUCCAUGAGCCACUGAUGGUUCAGUUAUCCAGAUCCCCUGAACUGAGUUAUACCUUCUCCAAAUGCAGUAAGACAACCCUCUUUCUACACCCUGUAUGACAGAGACUGGAACAUGUCAGGAGUGGUCAUCAUCUAUUAUCUGUAAUAACCAAGACGUGGAUGGGGGAGGGGAAGAAUCCACUAUUGAAAAUAAGUUUUCCAUUACAAGUUCUCAAGGUGACCACCAUACAGGAAGAUAAGUCAUACUGGAUUUCAUGUCCACGCUACAGUAAGAGCACUUCUGUUAACUAGAUUAAUUACACUGCAAAGAUUCUUGCCAUCUAGCCAAUGUUUAGCACAGGUCUCUAGAAUGUUAGGUUCCUUCCCCUCGCAUGCAGAAGCCUGAGAAAAGAGAAGUGUUGAUAUAUGUAGAAGGAUGAGAUGCUUCUGUUUUGCUGGCUGAAUGAAGGAAUUAAGUUUCAGGGUGCAGAGUCCUCCGGUGAAAAUCCUACCCUGCAGCCUUCCACCUCCAAAGGCUUAUCAGGAAUGCUCCACACGAUAUCUCAGGACUUGUGGUAUAGGUGAUAUCUUUUAUUAGACCAACUAGAAAUUUGCAAAAAAUUGUCUUUAACUGCACCUGAUUCCUAGCGCUCAGGGAUGCAAA